UUUACAUACACAGAAUUAAACACUUGUGUGCACAUACUGAUCCCAUUUUUAUCUUCUUAAUUCUCUUCAAUAUUUAAUUUUUUUCACUUUCAAACUCGCUAACAAAAAUGGGAUUUGAGAGUGCAAAGAACAACUCAAUCUUGUCAAAGCUCGCUACUAAUGAAGAACAUGGCGAAAACUCACCAUAUUUCGAUGGGUGGAAAGCAUACGAUAACAAUCCUUUCCACCCUUUGAAGAACCCUAAUGGAGUUGUCCAAAUGGGUCUUGCUGAAAAUCAGCUUUGUUUUGACUUGAUAGAGGAGUGGAUUAAAAAGAACCCAAAAGCUUCAAUUUGCUCCACUGAAGGAAUCAAAUCAUUCAAGGCCAUUGCCAACUUCCAAGAUUAUCAUGGCUUGCCUGAAUUUAGACAAGCCAUUGCGAAGUUUAUGGAGAAAACAAGAGGGGGGAGAGUUACAUUUGAUCCUGACAGAGUAGUUAUGGCUGGUGGUGCCACUGGAGCUAAUGAGACAAUUAUUUUUUGUUUGGCUGAUCUAGGAGAUGCAUUCUUAGUACCUUCACCAUACUACCCAGCAUUUAACAGAGACCUAAGAUGGAGAACUGGAGUAGAACUCAUUCCAAUUCAUUGCGAGAGCUCCAACAAUUUCCAAAUAACCACAAAAGCAGUGAAAGAAGCGUACGAAAAUGCCCAAAAAGCAAACAUCAAAGUAAAAGGCUUGAUUUUGACUAAUCCAUCAAAUCCACUAGGCACCACUCUGGACGAGGACACACUAAAAAGCCUCUUGAAUUUCACCAACCAACACAACAUCCACCUCGUGUGCGACGAAAUCUACGCUGCCACUGUCUUUGACACACCUCAAUUUGUCAGCAUUGCUGAAGUCCUCAACGACAACGAAACGAAUAAUUGCAACAAAGAUUUGGUUCACAUCGUUUACAGUCUUUCGAAAGACAUGGGGUUACCAGGAUUUAGAAUCGGAAUCGUAUAUUCAUUCAACGAUGCAGUCGUUAAUUGUGCUCGCAAAAUGUCGAGCUUCGGUUUAAUUUCUACUCAAACGCAACAUUUCCUUGCCGCAAUGCUAUCUGACGAAAAAUUCGUUGCAAAUUAUCUCGCAGAAAGCGCAAAGAGGUUAGCUAAAAGGCACAAAUACUUUACCAACGGACUCUUAGAAGUUGGCAUUAAAUGCUUGAAAAGCAAUGCGGGGCUUUUCUGCUGGAUGGAUUUGCGACCACUUUUGAGGGAAUCCACAUUCGAUAGCGAAAUGUCGUUAUGGAGAGUGAUUAUUAAUGAAGUGAAGCUCAAUGUAUCGCCUGGAUCUUCAUUUGAUUGUCAAGAACCUGGAUUUUUCCGGGUUUGUUUCGCAAACAUGGAUGAUGAAACGGUGGACAUUGCACUAUCAAGGAUUCGAAGGUUCGUGGGAGUUAAGAGAAGUGGAGAUGAGUCGAAUGCGGUAGAGAAGAAGCAGCAAUGGAAAAAGAAUAAUUUACGACUUAGUUUCUCGAAAAGAAUGUACGAUGAAGGUGUUUUGUCACCACUUUCAUCUCCUAUUCCUCACUCACCACAAGUUCGUUAGAAAUUAAAAGGGAAGAUUUUGUUUUAUAUUAAGAAAUAAAAAGUUAAGAAGUUAAAGGAAAAGAAAAGAAGAAUGUAGGAGGAGGAUUCUUUUCAGAAAUAAUUGUUAUCAUAUGUAUUUACUACUGAGAUAUUUUGACAUCAUGGCUUGUCUAAUUAUAUGCAAAAACUAAAGUUGUGUACUCUUGGAUUCCUUUAGUUUCUUGGACUUUUGGUUCUUUAUUAAUUCAAUGUAUUC